AUGACGCCAUCUCAGACCGCGCUCGCACCUCCACCGGCUUUGAGUCCUGAAGUGCAGAGGCUCAUCGCAUCGAGAGGUUUCAACCCUGCCAAUUUCGACCUGGAACCUGCCAACGCGCGCUGGUUCGUCAUCAAGUCCUUCACAGAGGAUGAUGUGCAGCGCUCUCUCAAGUACGAGAUUUGGGCUAGCACGGAAAAGGGAAAUGCAAGGUUGGACAAAGCGUGGAGAGAGUCUGCACAUUUGGGCCCGCUCUAUUUGUUCUUCUCUGUGAAUGCUAGCGGACAUUUUAACGGCAUGGCGCAGAUGCUCACACCUUUGGAUUACUCUACAAGCUCCAAUGUCUGGGCUCAGGAAGGCAAAUGGAAAGGGACAUUCAAAGUCAGAUGGAUCUACGUCAAAGAUGUACCCAAUAGUCAACUACGGCACAUACGAUUGACCAAUACGCCCGAGAACAAACCCAUCACCCAGUCGAGAGACACGCAAGAGCUUCCUGUAGCUGCUGGCAAGGAACUGAUACGCAUCAUGCACGGCUACUCUGCUCGAACGACUUUGCUGCAAGAUUGGGCUUUCUACGAGGCUCAGCAGGAGAGUCAACGGCAGGUCAAGCAGCAGCCAGAUCAGCAGAUUGCAAGCGCAUCGCAAGGCAACCAUGGUGGUCCCCUAGAUCUGUCCGCUUCGAAGUCCUCUUCCUCUGCGCCUGGCCACCAAAAUCUCAGUCAGUCGCAGGCUUUUCAGAGACAGCCACCAUCUCAAUAUCCGCCAGCUCGUCAUCCGCCGCCCAGAGCUAUAGCUAGUCCAUCGCCGCGCCCCGGACAGCAGCAGUAG